AAAAAACCGGAAGUAAAAGAAGUGGAAGAGGAAUAAAAAGGGCACGAGAAAUCAGCAACAAAGUUUUCUUCGACUGGUGCCUUCAAUGUUGAGGAAUCUCUUCCAGAGAAAAAUCCCAGAUAUCUCGAGAUUCAUAUCCAUAUCACCUGUCUCGUCAACAACCGAAUCACACCAAACAUGGAUCCAUACCCAUACCCAUCAGACAUACCUAUCGCCAUGCGGCCUUUGACUGGAACCAUGACGCCUUGGAAUGAAAAUUGUAUAUUGAUCUUGUUGGUAUUUCUCGUUUGCAUCAUCGGUGCCAUCUUGAUCUCAACCGUCCCGCCGAAUUUGCCUGGAGACAUGGACACAUUGUCCCCGAUGGCUGUUACCAUGACCAAAACCCUAUUGUCGACCAUUGUCCUUGGCGCCAUCAUUGGGACCGUGAUCGCGGGCGUCAUUAUCUGGCGGCGACAAGCAGGCUACGAUGGGUGCGGCCGUUUCCUCAAGUGCCACAAAAGAUUUGGCAAGACCCCUGAAGACCACGAAGACUUGGAGGCCAACCGCGGCUCCUCCAGCACCCCCUCCCGUGUCCACGUGCACCCUUACCACAGUUACGACUCCUCCGAGUUCUUCAUUUACGAUCCGGAAUCCCACUCCUCCGGUCCCUACCAACAAUACCCACUCCACGAAGCCCAUUCAUCCAUGCACAGCACCUCCCGUGACGACCACUCAUCGAACUCCGACGGUCCUGUCUCAUACAGGUAUUGGGGCCUUGAUAGGGCAACCCAGACCAGCGACCGUUCAUCCGAUUCGGAUUCCUACAUGUCCGACCUCUACGACGACGAUUACGAGGCGGAUUCGGACUCUUCCCUCUCCUCUCCCCCGACACCUAGCGACCGUGCCCCUCUACUCCAAACCACUAGGCGUGGUCCCCGCUAUUCCUAGAAGGAGGAAUACUCCCAUCAGGCGGCUUUAGUCCCGGGAUGACCAAGGCCUGAAAAGGACU